CAUCGUCCUCAGCUUCCCCCCGUGCAUAUUUCACUGCUCCGCCCGCUAGCACAGACGCGCACGCACGCACAACACGCACACCCAACGCGGGCCGACGACGGGGGGAUCUACGCUGCCACCCCCCUCUCCGCCCCAGGCCGCGCCGCCGCGACCGACGAACCGAUGGCGAAAAAAGCCAAGGCGCGCGUCAUCUCCGUGCGCCUGCUCUCGAUGGCCCUGACCGGCUUCUUCUACACGUACACGCGCCCCCGCGCCGCGCGCCCCAUGAGCAUGCUCAAGUACGACCCCGUCGUCCGGAAAAAGGUGCUCUUCCUCGAACAGAAGCGGAAAUCGAAAUAGCCGGCGGCCGUGGUAGUAGUAGCUGCCCGGACCUGCGUGGGAUAGCCGACUAUAACGCUACUCCCUCCACCCCCACUUUUCUCUCCUCUCCUCUCCUCGGCCUGUCACCCCCUACGACGGACGACGAGCGAGAUCUACGCACCCUGGAUGACGACGGCGGGCCCUUGGACCCCCCCAACCUAUGGGCGAUGAGAGGAUAAAAUUAUGACAUAAGACUGAGGAGUUAGGUGCCUCAUCUGGGGAUAGACUCUGUGUAAAUAAAGAAAAAAAGUAUCAAGGUGGUUGUGCGGACGUACAUACAUAUAUAUCCCCAUGUACUAUAGGCGCUCCCCAAGUGGAAGGCCCAUCGUACAUGGCAUCAGCAACGGUUCACGGCGCAUUCGGGAGCUCAUCUGGAGGGAAGACGGGACAUUUAUUACUACUGGUAGACUUGCCCUCUCCCUGCGAUCAAGCUAAACUUACUCAUUCUACGCCAUGCUUUCUAGAAAUCCUCCCACCUCCCAUGGGACUAGCCGAGACUUUGUAAUGUGCCUUAACUCACCAAUUUUAUUCCCAUAGCUUAACCCAUUUCUCUUC